AUGCUGGCUUUAGAAAGACAGAAAACAGCUCUGGAUUUUCGUGCGGAUAUAUUUGAGUUUUUCUUUAGUGAUGUCGUGUCUGCUAGAAAGCGCGCAGCGAGGCACGUGCGCGGUCGGGCGGCCCUUACGUCGCGUUUGCCGCUAGCACUGGCCAAGCACCAAACACCGACUGCCGCCGAGGCCGAGUGCCGCCGCAACGACACAGCGUGGCGCGUUGCCGCAACGCGCGCGGCAGUUGCGCUACUCUCGGACACUCAGCAGGAGAUGGUGGCUAUGUCGUGGACAGCUCAUUGA